GCAAGCUUGUCACUUUAAUUCAAAUACGAAACAGAUAUGGCGUGCUUAUUACGUUGAUGCUUCAUUCACGACGUGAUUUGAAUUGAUUUUGGAGUACUGUACUGUAUUUUGCACGAUUUGACUUGAAAUAUUAAUAUGCAUGAACAUGAACUGCAUGUAUUCAAAUUAGCUCCUGUCAAAGUAGUGGUGGGCUGACUCAUAUUUACCAGUGAGCAAGUAUCACAGCUGUGUGUGCAGUUGGAUCGAUUGACUAUUUUUUUAAACUUAAUUUUACAUUUUCCUGGCUGGUGGAAAGUCCGACUUAUCGAAGAAGAGUGGUGAUGGCUCCAUGGUUAAUAUUCUUCAUUUAAUGGCCAAUGGACAUCCCGAGGUUUUCCUGAGUGCCCAAGCCCGGGUGAAACGUCAUUCAGGCGCCCGAGUGUCUCACUUCUUCCCGCCACUGUGACGCUGGAAGUGGACUUCCAUCUAGUGGCUAACAUCCAUCAUGACAGGGGUAUGCGGUUGUUGCGGGGCUCUCAGGCCUCGCUACAAGAGGCUGGUGGACAACAUCUUCCCGGAAGACCCGGAGGAUGGACUGGUGAAGGCCAACAUGGAGAAGCUGACAUUUUACGCCCUGUCGGCUCCAGAGAAGCUGGAUCGUAUAGGAGCAUAUUUGUCUGAGCGCUUGUCGAGGGACGUGGCGCGGCACAGAUACGGUUACGUCUGCAUCGCUAUGGAAGCACUGGACCAGCUGUUGAUGGCCUGCCACUGCCAGAGCAUCAACUUGUUCGUGGAAAGCUUCCUCAAGAUGGUCCGCAAGCUGCUGGAGUCCGACAAACCCAGUCUGCAGAUUCUGGGAACCAAUUCGUUUGUGAAGUUUGCCAACAUAGAGGAGGACACGGCUUCCUACCACCGCAGUUACGACUUCUUCGUGUCGCGCUUCAGCGAGAUGUGCCACUCCGGCUAUGAGGAUCCCGACAUCCGCACCAAGAUCCGGAUGGCGGGCAUCAAGGGUCUGCAAGGCGUGGUGAGAAAGACUGUAAAUGACGAGCUUCAGGCUAACAUCUGGGAUCCUCAGCACAUGGACAAGAUCGUCCCAUCUCUGCUGUUCAACUUGCAGAGUAGUGAGCGCACAGAGAGUCGGUCACCCUCUCCGCUGCAGGCGUCGGACAAGGAGAAAGAGAGCCCGGUGGAGCUUACGGAGCGCUGCUUCAGGGAGCUGCUGGGCCGAGCCGCCUAUGGAAACAUUAAGAACGCGGUCACUCCUGUGCUCAUGCAUCUCGACAAUCACUCUCUUUGGCAGGGAAAAACCUUUGCUGUGCGUUGUUUUAAAAUCAUCAUGUACUCCAUUCAGUCGCAGCAUUCCCACCUGGUCAUCCAGCAACUUCUCGGUCAUCUGGACGCCAACAGCAAGAAUUCUGCCACCAUCCGAGCUGGCAUUGUUGAGGUUUUACUGGAGGCCGCCGCCAUCGCAGCCAGCGGUUCCGUAGGCCCCACUGUGCUGGAGGUAUUCAACACGCUACUACGACAACUCCGUCUCAGCGUGGACUAUGAGCUGACCGGCUCCUAUGACGGCAGCACCAACAUCGGCACCAAGAUCAUCAAAGCUCAUGAGGAGAGGCAGCUGCAGGAAGCUGUUAUCAGAACCAUUGGUUCCUUUGCCAACACUUUACCGACCUACCAAAGGUCUGAAGUCAUGCUCUUCAUCAUGGGCAAGAUUCCCGUUCCCGGUGUUCAUCCGUUACUACCUUCCUCAGGCUCUGGGCCUGAGGGUACCAGGAUGAUUCAGGUUAUGUUACUAAAGUCACUGGUACAGGUGACUGCAGGUUACCAGACAACCAACAUGCUUACAGCUCUGCCUAGCUCCUUCCUGGAGCCUUUGCUCUCUUUCUCCCUAACCGAAGACUCAGAGGUUCGGCUGCUGGUGCUUCAAAUCCUCCUCAGUCUCAUUGACAGGCAUGACAACCGGCCCAAAUUCUCCAACAUAAGCAUUAUCACCGACAUCUCAGUGCUGAAGCUCAAAGUGGACAAGUGCUCCAGACAGGACAACUUGUUCAUGAAAAAGCACGGCCAGCAGCUGUAUCGGCACAUCUACUUGGGGUGUAAAGAGCAGAGUAGCGGCAGGCAGCACUAUGAGAGUCUCUUUGCCUUGCUUGCUCUUCUCAGCGUCGAGCUUGCCAACGAAGAAGUGGUCGUUGACCUCAUUCGCCUGGCUCUCGCUCUGCAGGACCUGGCUCUGUCCACUGAUGAGGGGCUACCGGUUUAUAACCGCUGUGCAGUCCAUGCGCUUGCUGCAGCCUACCUCAACCUCAUCUGCCAGCUUACCACUGUCCCUGCCUUCUGCCAGCACAUACACGAGGUGAUCGAAGUGAGACAGAAAGAAAGUCCUUACCUGUUACCCGAGGAUAUCUUUAUUGAUCUGCCCAGACUCCCCACCUCGCUCGACAAGCUAGAAAGCAACAUGCUCUUCCUCCAGUCCAAGAUCACCGAAGUCCUCGGAGGCAGCGGUUACAACACGGAGCGACUUGCAACCCCCUACGUCCCCCAGUAUACUGAUGAGGAUCGCCUGUCAAAGAGAAAGAGCAUCGGGGAGACAAUCUCACUUCAGGUUGAAGUGGAGUCCCGGAACAGUCCAGAAAAAGAGGAGCGAAGUCCCGCUGAAGAGAUCACCUUCGAAACGUUGAAAAACGCCAUCGUGGACAGCGUGGGCAUGGAGGAGCAGGAGAGGGAGCGGAGGAGGCAAGUGGUGGAAAAGUUCCAGAAAGCUCCCUUUGAGGAGAUCGCUGCCCACUGCGGUGCUCGGGCCACACUGCUGCAAAGCAAACUCAACCAGAUCUUUGAGAUUACAAUAAGGCCCCCGCCAAGCCCGUCCGGGACCAUAUCGUCAGGCUACGGCCAGAGCCAGACUCGCUCAGUGCCCAUCUACGAGAUGAAGUUUCCCGACCUUUGUGUUUAUUGAGACAGCAAGGUUACCGAACUUUUCUUCGUGUCCUGUCAAAUGACAACGACCGCCGAUGUUUUUUCCCCCGGGGAGAGGCGAAAAAAAAUGCAGCUGCUUGCAAGCCAAAAACUUAAGCCACAUUUUCCUCUAGCCUGCCAUGUAGGAAUGUUUCGGACAAUCUUUUCCGUCUUCUGCACUGAUUGUGUUUUCGCCUUUUUUUUUCUUAGUGCUUGCCAAAACUGAUUUCCGUCAUUCCGCAUGGCCAUUGUUUUACCCUUAUUUAUUUUUCAAGAAUUCCUUUUUAACAGUAGGAUAAUAAGUCUCUCUCCAACUCAUCACGAGGAAAGCCGCCCCCCACCCCUGUAAUAAUGUGUACAAACAGAGGACUAUAUAAAUCUUUAGGCUGAUGUA